AUGUUAUGAGUCGUGCUCUCUAAAGUUUGGAGGAAAUAGAAAGCCCAACCCCCAGUGCAGAGGUAUGUCACGUGCUAUCUUCUACAUAAUCUGUGUGUAGUAUCUGAUUAACUUUUCAGCAAGCUGACCUAUUAUACCCUGACAAAUAACUGAGGUAAAUAACGCUGAGUCCAUAUACUGAGCUAUCACCUGAUUGUCAUUAAACUUUGUCGAAAAGGGUUAGAUUGAAUCACACGUGCCCGGCCAGCCCUUUGAACAAAUUUUCUGCUCACUCUAGCCCCAGAUUCCCCGGGUGUAGCUAAAGGCCACUCUGUAGCUUGGAUUAGGCAACCUCAAUACUGACGAAAACACUCUUUUCAGAGCAUCUCCUGGUAUCAUCAGAAAUGUCCUCCUUAAGUGGGAAGGUCCAAACUGUUUUGGGCCUGGUAGAGCCAGGCAAACUGGGCCGCACUCUGACCCACGAACAUUUGACAAUGACCUUUGACUGCUGUUACUACCCACCUCCUCCACGUUACAAAGCUACCUCCGAAGAACCUAUUAUGAUGAAAAAUUUAUUUUGGAUUCAAAAGAACCCUUAUUCCCAUAAGGAGAAUCUUCAGCUGAAUCAGGAGACGGAAGCCAUCAGGGAAGAACUGUUGUAUUUUAAAGCCAACGGUGGAGGGGCUUUGGUCGAGAACACUACUGUUGGCAUCAGCCGAGACGUGAAGACUUUGAAGUGGCUUGCCGAAGAGACCGGCGUCCAUAUCAUAUCUGGAGCUGGAUUUUAUGUGGACGCAACUCACUCUCCAGACACCAGAGCCAUGUCAGUGGAACAGCUUACUGAUGUCCUCAUUAAUGAAAUUCUCCAUGGAGCUGAUGGAACUAGCAUCAAGUGUGGGGUCAUUGGAGAAAUCGGUUGCUCCUGGCCUCUGGCAGAGAGUGAGAAGAAGGUUCUUCAGGCAACAGCUCAUGCUCAGGCUCAGCUCGGCUGUCCUGUUAUUAUUCAUCCUGGAAGGAAUCCAAGCGCACCAUUUCAGAUUAUCCGAGUGUUGCAAGAAGCAGGUGUAGACGUCUCCAAAACGGUUAUGUCCCACAUUGAUAGGACUAUACUUGAUAAAAAGGAACUCCUGGAGUUUGCUCAACUUGGCUGUUACUUGGAAUAUGAUCUCUUUGGGACUGAACUCCUUCAUUACCAAUUCAACCCGGAUAUCGACAUGCCCAAUGAUAAUAAACGAAUUAGGAGAGUGCGUCUUCUGGUGGAUGAAGGCUACGAAGAUCGAAUUCUGAUGGCACACGACAUACAUACGAAGCAUCGGCUGAUGAAGUAUGGAGGUCACGGCUACUCUCAUAUACUUACCAACAUUGUUCCUAAAAUGUUGCUUAGAGGGAUCACUGAGAAUGCACUUGAUAAGAUACUAAUAGAGAACCCUAAGCAAUGGCUAACUUUCAAGUAGGAUGGUUGUUUACAGACUCACACCUUGAGUAGAAAGCUCGCAGAGAACAUUUUUCAGUGAUUUCAAACCCACAGUGAGAUAUUAAUCAGGGCUAUGUAGGACGAAUGACGGAUCAUUUCCUAUUUAUGAGAAUUAGAAAUUUUGCCUUCUCAGAAACCAGCUGGUACAUCGGUACCUUUAGGAAUUACUGACCUAACGGAGCCCUCUUGUUCUGCCUUUAACAAAAUAAAUACAGAAGCACCUAUUUCCAAACAGUGAUUUACAUUCUGUAUCCCCUCUAGCAAAGUUUUGCUUUGUUUUGUUUUCUUAAUCUAUCAGCUGCACUACUUGAGGAAAUUUAAAGUGUUUCUAGUUAAAUUACCCCCUUCUGGAGCAAUCUAAUGUUUCUUGUAAUAUUGAUGAUCCUACUAAUUAUCCUGCUGUUCUUUAAUUAAUGCUUAAUGAAUAAUAUGGCACUUGAAAAUAGCUUCUGCAGCAAGGGAAGUUAAAGUUUGAGGCUUUUUCCCCCCCAAAGGACACUGUAAUACAAUCACCAAUUCACAAUGAUAAAAAUAUUGUCGAAGCUUGAUUAUAUUCAUUAUAUAUUGUAGAAGUUGUCUACCUAUCUAUAUUGACUGGUAAUAAAUCAGUUUUGUUGCCUGUG